AUGUUGGGAUUCUACCCGAUCCGGAUGGGACCGAGCCCUCUGUUCGUGAACCGGUGUUUGAUCCCAUACGAGCCUGCAGUUGCCAUGGUGAUGUACCGCGUUGUGGUGUAUCAGGAACGUUUGUUCCUCUCUGGCAACGCCCACCAAACCGUCGUCCAGCUGGUAGGCAGCAGAGGGACCAGCGAGCGCAUCCCAUUGGCCGAGAGAUCUGCGGAAUACAUGGUUCAUUGUCCUACCAGUCUUGGAGCUCUGCUAUUGGUCCAUUUAGAAGCCCCGCCCACCACAGCCAGCGUCUGGUUUUGUUCGAAGGUUGUCGUGACAACACCGGAGGGCGGAGUCUCACUGUUCCCCUGCUACCGAUUCAUCAGCCACUCCACCUCCCUGGCUCUGAGGGAUUCGAUUGCAAAGUUUGUUUUCAACGACGUCCAACCAAUCGAACUGGAUCAGAGGAUUAACGAGCUGACGUACCGCCGUCAAACAUUUCGGUGGAGUUGCUAUGACGAUGGUCUCCCGGAGACGAUGAAGGCUGACAGCAUCAUGUCACUUCCUGCUGAGGUUCGAUUCUCUGCAUCCAAGGCGACCGACAUGAUUGUGACUGUCAGCAAAGUGCUGGUGGAGUUGUGUCUGCAGAGCUUCAUGUUCUCUCAGCAGCGUUGGUCCAGUUUUCAUCAGAUCCAUCAGCUCUGCCAGCAGACCAGGACCCCGACCUGCAGAUUGGUGGAACGUCUCUGGAGGGAGGACUGGUUCUUCGGAUAUCAGUUCCUGAACGGAGCCAACCCGACUCUGAUUCGCCGCUGCACAGAAAUUCCGCCCAACAUGGCCGUUACCGAGGAGACUGUGAGGGUGUCGCUGGGAGGCGGAGUCAGCCUCAGUCAGGAAGUUGAGAGAGGAAACGUGUUUGUGGUGGAUUAUCGGCUGCUGGAUGGUCUCACAGCGAACACCGUGAACAGGAAGCAGAACUACCUGACAGCUCCAAUCGUCCUGCUGCACCUGAACUCCAACAACCAGCUGCUGCCUGUCGCCAUCCAGCUGAAGCAGUCUCCAGGUGAGACCAACCCAGUCUUCGGCCCUCAGGAUCUGGAAGCUGAUUGGCUGACGGCUAAAACUUUUGUGCGCUCUGCAGAUUUUGCCGACCACGAGCUGCGAUCUCACUUCCUGCGCACACAUGUGAUGUCAGAGCUUGUUGCCGUGGCAACAUUUCGCAACUUUCCCAUGGUGCACCCCCUCUACAAGCUCUUGGUGCCUCAUUUCCGUUUCACUCUGGAGAUCGACACUUUGGCUCGUCAGCUGCUGCUCGCUGAUGGAGGAUCACUGAAAGAGUAUACAGCCGUGGGUGGAGCCGCCACUCUGGAGUUCCUGAGGCGGGCGUCGGCCUCGCUCACCUUUUGUGACCUUUGUUUACCCGAUGACAUCACUGGGCGUGGCCUGGACUCCAUUCCUGGUUAUUAUUACCGUGACGACGGCCUGCGGCUAUGGGACAUCAUCCACAGGUAUGUAGGAGGCGUGGUCGGCUACUAUUACAACAGCGACGAUGAUGUCAUCAGAGACUCGGAGCUGCAGAGCUGGAUCAAUGAGAUCAUUGUGUUUGGUCGCCUAGGAGAUGAGAAGAAAGGUUUCCCAAGAUCCUUCACUUCAGCAUCGGAGCUGAGCUACUUCGUUACCAUGGUGAUCUUCAACGCGUCGGCGCAGCACGCUGCCGUAAACGACGCUCAGCUGGAUUUUUUCGGCUGGAUGCCGAACGCUCCCGUUGGCCUGCAGCGUCCUCCCCCGGCCUGCAGGGGGCGCUGCAGCGAGCGUAGCCUGCUGGACAGUUUUCCUGACGUGAACUCCACCGUGCACGGCCUCGCCACCAUCUACCUGCUGAGCAAGAAACCUGCAGACUUCGUUCCUCUCGGUGGCUCGAUGGAGCAGCACUUCACAGAGGCCGUUCCCGUGGAGAUGAUCGCUCGUUUCCGUAGCGACCUAAAACGUCUCAGCUGUGACAUCAGAGCGAGGAACGUCGAUCUGAAGCUGCCGUACACUUACCUGGACCCCGCCACUGUGGAGGACAGCGUGACGCGCUGA